AUGCUGUCUAGUGAAAAGCAUUCUUCGCCAUCCAAAGGUGAGGCCUUGACUUUGGUCUCUAAGCCGGGUCAGGCGAUAACCGGGGCGAGUGGCAGCGGGGCUUCUCGUCGUCGAAGGAAAUCCGUGCUCACCCAACAGAUCAGUGGCGGCGGUGCUGGGACAGAUCAGCCUACGAGGCCGGCAGCCAACGAAGACCAGACUAUCGUAGAAAAGUCAUUGUCAGCCAUUGCAGAUGAAGAGGCUGCCGCGAAUCUGGCGAUGGAACGAUGGCGUUCAAGUGCCAUCUGUUUGGUUCGCGUCGGCUUAAAGCGUAUAUUUGAUGAACUGGAGCUAAUUUUUACUGACGUAGAUCAGAAGCCAAUCAAUCCUACUCUAUCACUUCCAAAACAGCCAGGCUUGUGA